ACCGGUUGUUGCCUUCCUUUUCUCACUUGACAUUCGACUUACUACUACUCACUUCACUUUUAGUAGAGCCCCUUGUCUACUUGGCUGUUGGCGUCAUACCCCCCAAAGCUCGCCUUUGCCGUCUUCCUUCCUUCUCUCUCUCUCUCCCACCAUCACCAUCACAACCACCGCAAUGCUCCCCACCUUCUUCGCGGCGGCCGCUGUCGCCGCUGGCAUGGCCCACGCCCAGGUCACGGCGACAGGCACUAUGGGUGUGACCAACCCCACGGCCGCGGUCCUCGGCACGCCCGUCAACCAGUCGUCGUACUCGCGUCUCAUCUCGCUCAACAGCAUCAACGACUUCUGCAUCUUCGCCCCGCCCAACCCCGGCUCCACGAUCGGCAACACGGAGACGGAGCAGGUCGCGUGGUGUAUCCAGCCGCGUAACAACGCCCGUGUCAUCCCAGACGGCACAUUCCAGGCCGUCCACUUUGUCAAGACGCCCCUCUACUACCAGGUCCAGGGCUGGGCUGACCUGACGCGUAUGAACAUUGCCCCAGGCGACGAGGGUGGAGAGCUCGACCCCCACGGCCAGACGGGCGACGGCAACCCCGUGGGCGGCAACGUCACCUGCAACGCAACGGGCCACGACGUGUCGUACGAGGAGUGGAUGAACUACAUCUCGUACCAGCAGUUCUGCCUGCGUAUCUGCAUCGCUGAGAACUCGACCUACACGGCCGCCCUCGAGUGCCAGCACACCCUCGACGAGAUGGGAUGCAACUGGGUCAUGCCAGGCGACUACACCAACAACUCGUUCACCGAGUGCGAUGCCGACUCUGCAUACCCUCCCGGCAUCUACCCCCUCGGCGAUGGCCAGACGUCGACCUUUGCCCAGCGUUACACGGGCACGUACACGCAGGGUGGCACCAUUGGCCUCUUCACCGUCGGACAGACGGUGACCCCACCCAACCCCUACUCGACCCCUGCAUCCUCCAACUGCAUCACCUACUCCACGGUCAGCAACGGUAUCCCCACUGCCGCGCUCUCGUCCAACGCCUUCUUUACAUGGACGCCGGGCAUUAGCUUUAGCAACCUCCCCAGCAGUUCCAGCAGUUCGUCGGCAUCCCCUACUGGUGACGUGAUCGUCACCACCACGAACGCUGCAGGCUCAACCAUCGUUUCCUCUGAGAAGGCGACCGCCAGCGCUGCCAAGGCCAACUCGUACGCGGUCCAGCAUGGUGCAAGCUAUGGCCCUGUGGCCAUUGCCGUCUUCUCGACCAUUGCCAUUAUUGCCGGCGCGAGCGUCAUCAUGGUGUAAGCGAUCGUUUGUACCUCGCAUAACCCAUAGAACCCCGCCCCGACCCCCCGGCGUAGACCGACAUUCCUUUGGACACUCUCUCAUCGUGCUGUGCACGCACACACAGCUUCAUGUGAUGAUAAUGGCAUAACGAUACAGGAACAUGAGCCACUGGUGUGGCCGUAGACGUGUGCUGCGCAGCAGCGGUGUACAAUGGUGGACUGAAAAGUCGUGCAGUUGGUGAAUGGUAAAGUGGCGGUGAAGUGUUUGAGCGCAACGCUACGAGCGCUUGCGGCGGUGUGAGAAGACACUGCCAACGAUGGCAGUGAAGCCUUCCUUGGGUUCUUUGGGCUGGUCCUUCUUCUUCUCCGACUUGGAGCGGUGAAGCCAGCCAUGCUUCUCCUUUGAUGGGACGCGGAUCAUUGGCACGUCAUGAUUGUAGUCGACCGAGCCGGCCGGUGUACGGUCGCGGGACGGUAUAGGAGGGAUGUUGAUGGCGAGGGGGCGAGGGAAGAUGUCGUGGCUGUGGUCAACAGAGCCGGACGGUGUGCGGUCGCGCGAGUCGGAUUGAGGAAUUGUAAUUGCCAGCCCCCGCGCGUCGUGGCGGUCCAGCAGACGCGCAGCGGUGCCCUCAUGGCUGUGGUCGACCGACCCGACCGGCGUGCGAUCGCGCGAAUGCGGUUGGGGGAUGCUGAUCGCAAGUGGGCGCGCGUCAUGCCGCUCGAGUAGCCGCGCUGCAGUGCCUUCAUACCCGUGAUCCACCGAGCCCACUGGCGUGCGGUCGCGCGAGCCCGACUGGGGGAUAUUGAUCGCGAGCGGUCGCGACGGCUGGGGCGAGUCGGCGAGCGCGAGCUGGCGCAUCGCAUUCACGGGGCUCGAGGCGAGGGUCGGCGUCUCGGGCUGCUCGAGGACCACGGCGUCGUCCUCGGGCGGCAUCGCGGCCGACCGGCGCAGCGGGCUCUCGAAAUCCGGCGCAUUGUUCAGCCCGUCG